CUGAUGCGUUUGCUAAGGACGAUGAUGACGUUGAUCAUAUCCCUAAUCUGCAAAUGAACAUUCGGCUCAAUGAUACUAAACCUGUCCAAAAGAACUACGUUGCCGUGCCUCGACCUCUCUACCCGGAGGUGAAGGCAUACAUUGAAGACCUCCUAAAUCGAAAUUUUAUCCGGAAGUCCAAUUCACCAUACAGCUCACCCGUAGUUUGUGUGAGGAAAAAAGACCAAACUUUAAGACUGUGUGUUGAUUAUCGCAAACUGAACAGGAAAACGCAGAUAGAUCGUCACCCCAUCCCGAGAAUUCAGGAAACUCUUGACAAUCUCGGAGGAAAUUCUUCGUUCUGUGUACUUGACCAAGGGAAAGCUUACCACCAAGGAUUUCUGAAACCCGAAAGUCAACCCCUCACAGCAUUCAUCACACCUUGGGGAUUGUACGAGUGGAUCCGCAUUCCAUUUGGCCUUUCCAACGCCCCAGCCUCUUUUCAGCGUUUUAUGGAGUCUUGUUUAGGUGACCUCCGAGAUGAAAUCUGUAUUCCAUAUCUUGAUGAUAUCAUAGUUUUCAGUUCUAAUUAUAACGACCAUAUUGAACACUUACGAAAAAUCUUUCAACGUCUUAAGGAACAUGGUGUUAAAUUAAAACAAAAAAUGCCAUAUGUUUAA